CGGUUUGUUUACUUCCGGUAUGGCGCUGAUGAAAUGAAAUGAAAAGUCUCUGUGUAACAUGACGUGUAAAGUGGAUGUGACACGCUUUUGGGGUAUAAUAAGCGCUGUAAGAACCGUGUGAGCAGUUAUAACGGAUCAGACUGCUUUAAACUCUCAGUCGGUAAAAGCAGGACAAAGUUUACACGAUGAGAAACAGACAGCGAGGAUUUAACCUAGGCCUGCUCCUGCUGGCGUCUCAGGUGCUCCAGCUCGGCACAGACAACAUCCCUCCUGCUACACUGCUGACACUCGGCCUUAACGUCUACCUUUUCCUGUUUCCUGUUAAACCCAUCAUUCAGACGUGUGUCAGCAUACAGCAGGUGUUCUGGCGUGGAGACUGGCAUCGUCUCCUGUUGUCCCCUUUCCACCACGUCGACGACUGGCACCUUUACUUCAACAUGGUCUCCUUCCUCUGGAAGGGCGUCAAACUGGAGCGCAGGCUCGGCACCGCCUGGUUCGCCUACAUCCUGUCUGUCUUCUCUCUGCUUACCGGAUUGGUCUAUCUGCUCCUGGAGGCGGGGCUAACGGAGCUGAUGGAUGAUUGGUCCUUCAGUAUGCAGUGCGCUGUAGGGUUCUCGGGUGUUCUGUUUGGGCUGAAAGUUGUGAACAAUUAUUAUAACCCGGGUGGAGUCCAAUACAUCAUAGGCUUUCCUGUAUCCAAAAGAUACGCAUGCUGGGUGGAGCUAGUUCUCAUUCACAUCCUGAACCCAGGGACCUCCUUUGUUGGGCAUCUGUCUGGUAUUUUGGUGGGGCUUCUCUACACUACUGGCCCCCUCAGAACACUAAUGCAAACAUGUGCAGGUUUUGUUAGCGGUCAUGGAAACUACAGAAGAACUCGCACACACUACAACUCAUCAGGUUGUAGUGGAUAUAGAAUGCAGGACACUCCAAACAGCCCUCCUGACGAUGGUCAGGGUCUCCGUUACAGAGCCGGGCCAUCAGCACCUUCUCGGCACCCGUACACAGCCGGUCUGUCGGAGCAGGAGCAGAUCGAGGCAGCACUUAUUGCCAGCAUGCAAGACCAAAGACAGCGAGCUCACAGCAGACCACAGUAUGGGUUCAACACCAACUCUGAGCUCACCAUGGAGGAAAUACGUCAACGCAGACUUCAGAGAUUUAACACUUAAAAUAAACAAGCAAAGAGCUUUAAAAGAUAAAUGUCUACACAAGGCCUUUAUACAGACAUUAAGGGUUCCUCAGCACGGCUAACGCGUCUCUGGUGGACGCUAGCAGUUCUGUAUACAGUAUUGAAGCCUAUAUGAGUUUUCUUGCACUGAUUUUUAGCUUUAUACAGUUUUCAGUUGCACUUCCAGACCUUGUAACUGCAGAUCCUUUAAAAGAUGUCUGUCCUGAAACCUGGCUUUUAUUUUAUAAAUGUUGUUUAUACACAGUCAUAUAAGCCAUCGUGUAUUCAGUCAUGAUAAACAUCACGAGUCUUUGAAUUAAUCACACUGAAUAUGAAAGUUUAUUUUUGUAAAUAAAUCCUACAUUUUGGAUGCACCUUUUAA